AUGCCCAAUAUCACAGCAGUAACUGAAUUCAUCCUUAUGGGGCUCUCUGACAUCCCUGAACUACAGACUCUCUCUGGAGUGUCCUUUCUGUUAAUAUAUGUAGUGAUCCUAAUGAGUAACUUGCUCAUCAUCACUCUCAUCACCCUGGAUCAGAAACUCCAAUCACCCAUGUACUUCUUCCUGAAGAACUUGUCUCUGGUGGAUGUCUUUCUAGUGUCCGUCCCAAUCCCAAAUUUCUUUAUCAGUAGCCUAACUCACAACAAUUCCAUUUCUACUGUUGGAUGUGCAUGUCAAUUAUUUUUCAUGGCCUCUUUUGGAGCAGAAGAAUUAUUUCUCCUAACUGCCAUGUCCUUUGACCGCUAUGUUUCUGUCUGUAUUCCCUUGCAUUAUGACAUUGUUAUGAGUAGUAUCAACUGUAUGCUGCUGAUGGGUGUACCUUGGGUCAUUGCGAUAUUCUUUGCAGCCAUAUAUACAACUCUCAUAUUUUCCAUGCCUUUCUGUGGUUCUAAUGUAAUUCCAGAGAUUUUCUGUGAUGUUCCUUCUUUAUUAAGGAUAUCCUGCUCUGACUCACUUGUAGCCAUUUACACAAGUAUUGGGAUUGCUCUGUGUCUAGGUGUCUCUUGUAUCUUCUGUGUUGUGAUCUCUUACUUUUACAUUUUCUCCACUGUACUGAAGAUGCCUACUGCUAAAGGCCAGACCAAAGCAUUUGUCACAUGUGUACCUCACCUCAUUGUUUUUACUGUUUUCAUUGCUACUGCUUGCUUUGUCUAUCUGAAGCCACCCUCAAAUACCACAUCAGUUACAGACAGGUUAUUUUCUGUGCUGUACCCUGUGCUGUCUCCAGCACUUAAUCCAGUGAUCUACACCCUGAGAAACACUGAGGUUCAUAGUGCUCUGAAAAGGCUACUUCAAAAUUUCUACUCAAGGGACUUAUUACACUUAACAUGUCAAGUGAUUUGA